CCUCUCUAAGGAAACGUGGCCUUACAGAGUGUGUGGUCGAUGCAUGAGCACCACAGCUGCAGCUUCCUCUUGCACCCGCUCACCGGUCUCCUCUGCAGCCUCAGCAGCCUCCCGGAGCCCUCUCUCUGAAGAACCAUGUCUACGGCCGAGCCGAUCCCGGCCGCGGGCCCCGAGGGGGCCGCGGGCCUGCUGGACGCCCUGAACGGCACGGACAGUAACGGCACGGAGGCGCUGAACGCCACGGCCAGGUUCGUGGCGACCCCGCAGGGCACGGCGCUGGCCUACGGCAGCCUGGUGCUCAUGGCGCUGUUCCCCAUCUUCUUCGGGGCGCUGCGCUCCGUCACCUGCUCCAAGGCCAAGGAGCUCGGAGAAAAUGAUUUCGAUUCUGGGUUCAGAAACUCUGCCGACAUGCCGGAGACCAUCACCAGCCGGGACGCCGCCCGCUUCCCCAUCAUCGCCAGCUGCACUCUGUUUGGUCUCUACCUCUUCUUCAAGGUGUUUUCUCAGGAGUACAUCAACCUGCUGCUGUCCAUGUACUUCUUUGUGCUGGGCGUCCUGGCUCUGUCACACACCAUGAGCCCCGUCGUGGCCAGGAUGGUUCCCGCCUCCUUCCCCAACAAGCAGUACCAGCUGCUCUUCACUCAGGGCUCCGGAGAGUCCAAGGAAGAAAUCGUCAACUAUGAGUUUGACAGCAAGAACCUGGUGUGUCUAGUGGUCAGCAGCGUGGUGGGAGUCUGGUACGUGCUCAAGAAGCACUGGAUAGCCAACAACCUGUUCGGGCUGGCGUUCGCCCUGAACGGCGUGGAGCUGCUCCACCUCAACAACGUCAGUACCGGCUGCAUCCUGCUGGGGGGGCUCUUCGUCUACGAUGUGUUCUGGGUGUUCGGCACCAACGUCAUGGUAACGGUUGCUAAGUCAUUUGAAGCGCCAAUCAAAUUGGUGUUUCCUCAGGACCUGCUGGAGAGAGGCCUUGGAGCCAGUAACUUUGCUAUGCUGGGACUGGGAGACAUCGUCAUCCCCGGCAUCUUCAUCGCCCUGCUGCUGCGCUUCGAUGUCAGCCUGAAGAAGAACAGCAGGACGUACUUCUACUCCAGCUUCCUGGCCUACAUCUUCGGCCUGGGCCUCACCAUCUUCGUCAUGCACACGUUUAAACACGCACAGCCUGCUCUGCUGUAUCUGGUCCCCGCCUGCGUCGGCUUCCCCGUCGUCGUGGCGCUGGUCAAGGGAGAACUCACAGAGAUGUUCAGGUACGAGGAGACUCCUGAGGAAGGAGCGGAUAAAGAGGAAUCAUCAGAGCCGGAGAAGAAGGACCAAUAACAGCCAUCGCCCACCCCCCUUCCCCACCCCCACCCGUCACUGCUACAUUUCACUGAAUCCCCUCCCACUCUCACAUUUGUCCAGCCCCUUGUUUGUCGCUGGGGGAAACGGGGCGGAUGAUGCCGACGUUGGGGACGGCAGCUGAUCUCCGUGGUCAAGGUGGCGGCGCUUCGUUGAGAUCCGCGCCUGGCGCGGCGAUUCUUUAUCUGACAGCUGCUCGCACACAUGAACAUGGAGGAGGGGGUGUGGGGGGGGGGGGUGUAGAAACCGCCGCCGUGUCACAACGCGAUGUUCAUGUCUGUCUGCGGCUCAGAUGCACCAGGAAGCUGUUCAGUGCAUUUCUUUCCGAACCCUCAAAGAGCCACAGCUGGUCCUGGCGGUUCCUCGGAGGGGCCUGCGUGACAUCCUCCAGCUGUGGCUCCUUGUGUCCGGCCGCCUCUGCUUCCUGGUUUAUUUGCUGCCUUCCGCUUUGUCACAUCAGCAUUUUCUGUUGCUCCGUUUUUACUUUUGUUCUUAAGGCCAGAAUUUUAAGGAGGGAAAGGCCCCGGCGGGGUUCCGUCUUCAUUUGCGAGGGUCGGUCGUUCAUUUGUGUCGGGCGCAGCUGUUUCCGCGGCCGACGUUAGUCCUGUCAGGGCUGCUGAAGGCGUCACGGUUCACCCGGAGGGGUCCGACUGGUCCACAGUAUUGUCCUGGCGUCGCCUCAGAAUAAACGUUUAGUCUUCAGGACGGUUCAGUUCCCCGAACUGGACGUCCUCUGAGAACCUCCGUUUACAUCCCUGUCAGACGUCCAGCUGUCUGUCCCUUUCCUGUACAGGUGAGCGCUCACCUGCUGCGACGCGUUCAGGAACAUUUACGUCCUAAAGUUCUGGCCUGUGAUGGGAGGGGCAAAGAAGGGAGGAGGAGUCACGCUGAACCUCGUCCACACAGCCCUGUCCUCAUUCCUGCACCUUAUUGGUGGAUAUGUGAACCAGCCACGUGGCUGUCGUCCAAUAAGCUGCAAGCAUGGGUGGAGGAGGGGGAAGGGGAGGAGACGGAGCAUUUUACUGAAGCAUCCUGAACCCGACCCGAUCCGUUUAAAUCGGUUCAACAAUACUUGAUGUCAGAUUAAAGUAAUGAACCAGUUCUUUAUAUUCUGCAACAUUUUUGUUCGGGGAAAAAAACCCAACUCCACAGAAAAACCUGUUUUAAAGUUAAAAUUUAGUUUUGAAAGAAAGUGGUGUGAUGGGACCGGCAGACUGCAGCUGUCCACACACCUGGGACUGAAGGACAGACGUCCACAAGAGCCCGGGCUGGACGGGAGCCUGAAAGGUCCGAUUAAAGACUGUAAUCUUGAGUUUCAUCACAGAAUGGAGCUGACUUGAGGUGACGGAUCGGGAGGUUCUGGAUGCUUGAGUAAACUGGACUUGUUCAGCCUCUAACAUGUACGACGUUUAUGAUGUGGAUGCUUUAUAAACUGCACAGUUUUGUAUUUUGAUGUAAAAACAAAUGAAUAAAAUGAUUGUGCUCAUUCAA